UGGAUUAAAGGAGGAAGCGGACGCUCUCAACACAGGACGAAGCUAACCGAGCCUGCUAGGACGAGCAGCCCCACGAAACACCUCCACUUUCCCCUCGAGCUUCUCAGCAGACAGGUGCCCGGUCCUCGGGUCCUCGGGUCCUCGGGUCCUCGGGUCCUCGUCCAUGCGGGAUCCUCCCGUGGGUUCGGAGGCUCGGGCCCACGAUGCCGUGGCGCCUCGCUAGUGACGCCUGAGCACGUCUCGCGGCUCGCUCUUCAGGGAUGACUAUGCAAGGCGGGUCCCAGGGCCCCUCACAUGGUGCGGGAGACGUGGGGGAGCUGGCACACACGUUGUCUAAAGAGACGCUCGGGUCCCCCGAUGCCUCCGAGUUGGGAAGUCCGCGAUGCACGCCGAACUUUGACCUCUUCAACAUGGUUGUGUCCUAUAAGAGAAUGGCUCUCUUUCUAGAACCAGCUGCAGAUGCAGUGGAGCUGAGCCGCUUCCUGCUCAGAUGGAAGAUGCCUGUGUGCUCUCUGUUUGUCUGUAUGUUCCUCAAUUGUUUCUUCUGCACUGUUAAUGAAGUGGGUUGGAUCACGGUGGCGGUGGUGGCGGUGGCGGCGCCUGCUGCCCUGGGCUACCUGCAGGACCGGUAUGGGGGAAGAGCCUCCGAUUCGGAGCUCCACAAGAGGCGCUACCACGCUGUGCACCGCAGGGACCUGCUGACGGUGCAUCUCACCAAACAGGAAGCCAUGCUGGAAGUCAAAGACCUGUUGAAGCACCUGGAUGACAUGCUGUCCUCUGCCUGCCUGUUAGCAGAAACCUUUUACAAGGUCCUGUACUGGGACAAUCACACCAAGUCAUCAAGGUGCUAUGGGGGGGUGUUAAUAUUGGCGUGCCUGCUCUACAUCGCUCCUCUGGGCUGGGUGCUCGCUGGGCUCAACACUACCCUUUUCCUGUGGAACAGAGACUUCUGCAGAGUUUUGUUGGACCUUAGGAACCUGCUCCAGAUGGGCCGGGCCAAAGCCUCGGAGGGAAAGUGUGAAGAGCAGGAACACGGCCACUCUUCGGACCAGACCCCGACGCCGACUAGUCUGGAGGACCUGUCUCCUGGCAGCGUGGAGGAGGCUGAAGAGGCGGAGCCCGAUGAUGAAUUUAAGGAUGCCAUUGAGGAACGUGCGGUGUCCCUGCAGGAAACCCCUUUGGUCCUAGUGGAGGAUGAUGACGGGCCCCUCGGAGCCCCUGAGUAUGACACCAUCUCUGAAAAUGGUCUCUUGAGCCGCAACGAACCAAUACGCAGCAAAGUGUCUAAACUGACCGAGAAACUGCGUAAACGUUACCCCACCAGCAGCACGGGCAACUGUUCCAGCUGCAACGCCGUCUUCUCUGUGCUGAAGAAACGGAGGAACUGCAGUAACUGUGGCAACAGCUUCUGUUCCCGUUGCUGCUCCUUCAAGGUGCUGAGGUCUUGCAUGGGGGCAACGGCUCCUGAGGCCCAGAGGGAGACCGUGUUUGUCUGUGCUGCCUGUAAUUCCUCUCUGAUCAAGUUCUAGAGAGAAGGCAGCUCGGUCUGGUCUCCCAGGAGCCGGCUGGAGGCCGUUCGCCCUCCUCCAAGUUACUAGAACACCCUCAAACAUGCCUUGGUUUUCAAGUUAAGCAUUUUUCCUGAACUAAUAUUGUUGUAUCUGUUAAAUAUUUCCCUUUUCAACUCUCUGUUGAAGAACUGGACCUUUAUAAAUGAACGAGACGCAGCGGCUCCACAGUUAAAGCACCUGUACCCUUUGCUGGGCGGAGGGAGGUGCACAAUGUGCAGGGUGGAGGUCGGGUUUGGGUUUGGGGGGGUGGUUUCGGGUUAAUCGGGACCUGCAUGUUGAAGCAGAGGCUGGCAGUUUGAAUUUGGUUUGUUCGGAUGAACAAAAGAACGAAUGUACGACUAAACGCAGCUCACUAUGUUCUUUGUUUUGACACUCAAACCUGUAGCUGGUCAAUAGGGUCAUGUGAUUAUUUUGGGGUUUGUCCAGGUCAUCAGUGACAAUGUAUCCCCCCCCCCCCAUCAGCUUGAGGAGAUCACAUGAGAGGAAUAGAUGUGACAUGCCAUAGAAGUGGCAUGGCCUGUCUAACACGUAGUCAGGAUUGUAUUCAGGGGGACGCUGAACAAGGUGUUUUUCUACUUGGAAUGAUCAAAUAGGUCCUUCACUGUGCUUGUACUAUUUCCUUUUUGUCAACGUUUUGGAGUGAAUCAGUAGCCUAUAAAUCAGCUUUUCCUCUAACUGGAUUAAAGUCAACCUCGAGUUGAUUAAUCGGACUGAACAACGCGCUGAAAUCGUCAUCACAGCCUCACUCUCUUGCAAGCAGGACUUAAGAAUUGAUGUGGAGGCAUCGUACCUCAAAGUGUGAUUUUAGCCGUUGUUUUCAUCAUGGUUCAGACACGUAUGAUUGUAAUAGUUUGCUUUGCUUUUAUUGUAAUCCAAUAUAAACUAACUAGAAAUUGUUCAACUAUAUCUAAUAUAUUUUAUUUAAAACUCCAGAAUAUGCAAGUUAUUAUUUGACCUAACGAUCAAGUCUCUGUAUAAUGCCCUAUUUAAUGAAUGAAAUAUGCCACUAUUGAAAUAAACUCCUGGUUAAUGGUUCACAAGUUGCAAGAAUG